AUGGCGAAUCUCACAGCUUUAGUAUCUUUUUUUGUUUUGUUCUUCUUCACUCUUACAUCUGCUUCUGAAAUUUCCAGCAGUAAUGCUUCUUCUGCAACUAGGAAGUACACUCACGUAUGUGACCCUCAAAGAUUUGCAGAUCAAGGGUUGGACAUGUCAGACUUCCAUUUCUGUGAUAAAUUGCUUCGAUAUGAAAUCAGAGCCAAAGAUUUGAUCGAUCGGAUGACAUUGGCAGAGAAAAUGAAUCAAAUGGGAGAUAAUUCAACUGGGGUUUUCAGACUUGGGCUUCCCCCUUACGAGUGGUGGUCUGAGAUCCUUCAUGGAGUUGCAACUACAGGGUUUGGUACUAAAUUCACUAAAGAAGUUCCUGGUGCCACAAGUUUCCCUAAUGUUAUACUCACUGCUGCCACCUUCAACGAAUCUCUAUGGAAGCUUAUAGGCCAGGUUUCAUCGACGGAGGCCAGAGCUAUGUAUAAUCUUGGAACCGCUGGAUUGACCUUUUGGAGCCCAAACAUUAAUGUGGUUAGGGAUCCUAGAUGGGGAAGAACCUUAGAAACCCCGGGUGAAGAUCCUUUCGUCAUUGGAACUUAUUCGAUUAAUUUCGUUCGAGGGUUGCAGGAUAUUGAGGGAUUUGUUCAUGUACGGAAUCCAAACUCAAGGCCUCUUAAGAUUGGUGGAUGUUGCAAGCAUUACACUGCUUAUGAUAUUGAUAAGUGGCAUGAUAUUGAUCGCCAUAGUUUUGAUGCCAAGGUUACUGAGAGAGAUAUGGUAGAGACAUUUAAUCGUCCUUUUGAGAUGUGUAUUCGAGAAGGAGAUGUUGUUAGUGUUAUGUGUUCUUUUAACAAUGUCAAUGGUAUCCCAACUUGCAGUGACCCAAAACUCUUGGGAGAGACUAUUAGAGGAGAAUGGGGUCUUAAUGGCUACAUUACAUCUGAUUGCUGUUCAAUGGAUGUAAUAGUUCAUAGACAAAAAUGGCUUAAUGAUUCAAAUGAAGAUGUUAUUGCACAAUCACUCAAUGCAGGUUUGGAUUUGGAAUGUGGAUGGUACUUCCAAAGGUAUGGUGAGAAUGCAACGAUGAAUGGGAGAAUCAAAGAACGAGACAUUGAUAGGGCUUUGAAGAACAACUAUGUUGUGCUCAUGAGACUUGGAUUCUUUGAUGGAAUCCCUUCUCUGGAAUCUCUUGGAAAGAAGGAUAUUUGUUCUGAUGAACACAUUGAGUUAGCUGCUGAUGCUGCCAGGCAAGGAAUUGUUAUGCUUAAGAAUGACAAUCAAACUUUGCCUUUGAGUUCUUCCACAGUUAAGAACAUUGCAGUGGUAGGACCUAAUGGUAAUGUCACUGAUACCAUGAUUGGAAACUAUGCAGGUAUUCCAUGCAAGUACACUUCUCCUAAAGAUGGAUUCUCUAAAUAUGGAAAUGUGAUUUUUGUAAAAUCAUGUGGAGAUGGAACUCCAUGUACAAAGACAGAUGACUUUCCUGCAGCUGUGGAGGCAGCAAAUAAUGCAGAUGCUACCAUCAUUGUUGCUGGCUUGGAUUUAGGGUUUGAGAGAGAGGAAUUUGAUAGAGAUGAUCUCAAACUUCCAGGUCAACAAACUGAUUUAAUCAAUCAGGUCUCCAAUGCUGCUAAGGGUCGACCAGUCAUUCUUGUUGUCAUGUCUGGAGGUUGUAUUGAUAUUUCUUUUGCUAAGAAUAACCCUAAAAUCCAAAGCAUUCUUUGGGUUGGUUAUCCUGGUGAGGAAGGUGGUCGUGCUAUUGCUGAUGUUGUCUUUGGAAACCACAAUCCAAGUGGAAAGUUGCCAGUUACAUGGUACACUAAUGACUACAUAGAGAAAUUGCCCAUGAAUUCCAUGUCCCUAAGGCCGGUUCCUGAAUUUGGGUACCCUGGAAGGACUUAUAAGUUCUUCAAAGGUGAAGCCCUUUAUCCUUUUGGAUAUGGUCUUAGCUACACCGAAUUUCAAUACUCAAUGGUAUCUUCUGGUAAAGCACUUCACCUGAAACUGGGAAGACUCCAACAUUGCCGUGAUCUCGCUUAUGAGGACGGCGCCGCUAGGCCUCCUUGCCCAGCAGUUGUGGUUGAUGACAUCAAUUGUGGCAGAAUGUUGGAAUUUGAGGUUGAUGUUCUAGUUAAAAAUGUGGGAAAGAUGGAUGGAUCUGAAGCUGUCAUCGUCUACUCAAAGCCUCCGGAAGGUAUCAUGGAAACUCAUAUCAAACAGGUUAUUGGGUUCCAAAGGGUGUUCUUGAAAGCUGGGGAGAGCAAGACCUUGAAUUUUACAUUUAAUGGCUGCAAGAGCUUGAUGCUGGUGGACAAGACAGCUUAUAAGGUUUUGCCAUCCGGGAAGCACAUGAUUGUGGUUGGAGAUGAAGAGCUCUUUUUACCAGUUCAAGUCAAUAUUCAAUCUAACCAUAAGUAGAUGGUUACUUAGAAAGAUU